UGCUUCAGCUCGGAAAUGACGGGCUCAAUCUCAAUCCCUGCCGCAAUCGCUUUCCCGCAUCCCUCUUCUCUGUCUUCUCCUUCAAUCAUUCCCAUUCUUCGAUUCCCUCUCCUCGCUCUCUCCAAACGACGCCGUCGCCUCCACUUGCGCCCCCUGGUUCUCGCUUCCACUGCCGCCGGCGUCGCCGCCAAUUCCGUCCCCAGAAAUGGGGUCUACACCGUCGGCAAUUUCAUGACUACCAGGGAGCAUUUGCACGUCGUCAAGCCCUCCACCCCCGUCGGCCAAGCAUUGGAAGCUCUUGUUGAGAAGAGAAUCACCGGUUUUCCUGUGAUUGACGAUGACUGGAAACUUGUUGGUGUUGUCUCAGAUUACGAUUUAUUAGCGUUGGACUCCAUAUCCGGAAAUAUGAAAGGUGGUGGUCAAAGCGACACAAACUUGUUUCCAGAUGUUGAUAGUUCUUGGAAAACAUUCAAUGAGAUACAGAAACUGCUUAGCAAGACCAAUGGAAAAUUUGUUGGUGACUUAAUGACACCUGCUCCACUUGUUGUCCGUGAAACCACCAACCUGGAAGAUGCUGCUAGGUUGUUGCUUGAAACAAAAUAUCGCCGACUGCCAGUUGUAGAUAGUGAAGGCAAGCUGGUUGGCAUCAUUACGAGGGGGAAUGUUGUUAAAGCUGCCCUGCAGAUUAAACGUGCUAGUGAAAAAUGAGCUUAGUUGAGGGGAACAUCGUUGGAGCCCAUAAAUCUCUUUGAUAUCAUAAUUAUUUCUGCAAUGCACAGCUAUUAAGAGGACUAUUUGAAGGAAAGUUAAUCGUUUGUCCUUCAGAAGGAAUAUAUAUUAUAGUUUGCUAAGAACCUUGCCUUAGUGAUAUAUAGCAUAGAUUGCCUUAAGGUAGGGUUCCACUUGUAUUUAGGCUUUUAAUUUAUUAAACAUUGUUUUGUAUAGGAUCAGAUUUGACUUGCAGAUGUCCUAUGCCAAAAUUUUUGUGCAGACAAUGUUAGGAGAUUAAUUUCUUA